UAAUGGAAUAAUACGACAAGUACCAACUAUUUUUAAGAUUAACUAACAAGAAAGAGAUUAAUAAUAAUUAUGAGGCUCUAAAUUCUUCAUGCAAAAAACAACAUCCAACAGUUUUAAAUGGAAAAAGAAAUCCUAAUAAUGAGGCUUAUAAGAAACUACAUUAAAGUUCAGAAAUUUUUAAAGAAAAUACUACUCCAAUCAAAAAUGAUGUAACUAAACCAAAAAAUUAUGCCACAGAGAGAAAAUCACUUGAAGAUUCAAAUACAAAAAGGACUUUGAUUCCAAGCUUAGAUUAAUUUUAAUCACCAGAAAGAAGAUGUUCAUCAAAUAUUAGAUAUAAUGCCAAUGCAGAAAGUUCUUAAAAAGACUCCAAGAGAAUUUUAAAGUAUAUAAUAUUCUUAAGUUAUUAGAACAUGUGAAUAAAGAUAACAAGACUUUUCUCAUCGUAUUAACUUACCAAUUAGUGCAGUAAUAUUUAUUUAGUUACUAUUUUAGAUGCAAAUAAAGGAUUAUAAGGAAGAUAAUUAUGGUUUAGGUAAAUACAAAUCACAUGAAUCAACAUAAAAACUAAAAAGCUAUCUUGAUCUUUAAGGUCAUCUUAAUAAUUGUAAAAAUUCAUAACUAUAUCCAGAAUCAUUUUAGAGUUAAACUGAUAGAUUAUUUAAGAGUUAGACAAAAAUAUAAAAAAAUAUUUUAUCAUCUUAUUAAAUUUGUAAAGCCCAAUCAGAUAUUAAAAAUGGAAAGAAAAGAUUUAUUUAGAGUGCAAUGUCAUAAUAAUUGUCACCACCUGAAAAUCCAAUUAAACCAAAAAACAUCAAUAAAGUAUUUAUCAAGAGUUCCUAAGAAGUUUGGGACAAUCAAGUAAUAUAAACUUUUAACAAUUAAGCAAUCUUAAUAAAAGGCACCUGUCAAAAUGAAGCAUGCCUAUCAAUAAAAGAGCCAAAUCGAUUUAAGAUGA